UGAGACCAGACGGCCUUUCGCCACACGAGGAACGAGGAGUUGCAAUUAAGAUUAUUAACGCAAGACCAUAGUUCCUUAUAAAUAAUUAUGGUUCGCCGAAACAUCUCGAUUUCUUCGAUUUCUCACAAUUAUAAGAGUUGAUUAGUAUAGUCAGAUUUAGUACAAAAAAGGCAGUGACAAAAUGAGUAGUGAAAGUCUUAAUCUCAAAAUCUCAACUGGCCCCAUUCUCAACUUAAUGGAUUCGUCGCUACAAGAGGAUAAUAAUUUGGUUCAUCAGAAAGGAAUACCUAUCUCAAAAACGAAUAGUUUCUCGAUUGAUUCAAUUCUAAAAAGUGGGAAAAAUAUGGAAACUGAAGAUUCCUCCAAUCACGACUCUGACUACUAUUGUGAGGACACAAAUGGGCACCAGGAUGAGACCAUCGAAAUUGAGUCCAUAUCAUCAGUAGCUUCCAAUAAUGACAGGGUCGAGUAUACGGAUGACAUUGAGGACAGUCAAUUCGGGGGACGAGGACAGGUUGAUAAUUGUCGAGUGCAAGUGUUUGAGAAAAACCGUAUGCAUGUUGUCGCCACGUCUCGAGGAGGAGAAUUUAGAGGAUCGUCUGGUGGUGACGCCAUGGCCUCUGUCCUCAGACCCUUCCCAAUGUACUCGAGUUUGUCAGUUCAACCACUGCUAACUGCAUCCGGAUGUUCAACUCUUGACUAUGGACAACUUUGCAUGUCAAACUUGUUCCCGUUUGCUAUGGGAAAUCCCCUUGCUGUGAACAAUCCUUGGCAAAAUAAGCCUCCCCUUUUGGGACUUCAAGCACCGAAGCCUUCGGGAAGGAGAGCAAGGAAACCUGGACUCGACAGGAAGCCUCGACAAGCGUACAGCGCAAAGCAAUUGGAAAGGUUGGAGUCAGAGUUCAAGAAUGACAAAUAUCUCAGCGUGAGCAAGCGAUUGGAACUAUCGAAAACGUUGAAUUUGACAGAAGUGCAAAUCAAAACUUGGUUUCAAAAUAGAAGGACGAAAUGGAAAAAGCAAAUGACUGCCCGUUUCAAGCUAGCACAACGCCAAGGGCUGGGGCCACACAUUUACAACUCGUACUCUUCAGCGUUUGCAGCACUUUCACCGUACUACACGCCCUCAUUGUUCGCCACAUCAGCCCCACUCUCCUCCGGUCUCACAGUAAACAAUGCCAGUUCCUCCGAACACUCUGACAGUCAAAUCAAGCACGACCUGGAUUAAGAAUAUCAUAGAUAAACACAAACAUGUAUGUUAAGUAUUUAUGCAAUAUAGAUGCGAUUUUUGUGUACGCAUGAAAUGUCGAAUUCAAUACUCAGGACGAUGAUUAUUAUGAUAUUUAUUAUCUAGUAAUCAUGAAAGGUGAAUUAAGUAUGUGCCAAAUUGGUGUAUUCUUACAAUGCGAUGAUGCAAACUGUGUAAUAUAAUUAUAAGGCAAACAUGUUACUUGUGCUAUAUAAGCUUAGGAAUAAAAUGCAUACCGAAUUAUGAAAAUUACUUGCGCAAUUUUUACCAUUUGUAUAUGACAUUUGAGAUUUGGAGCUGUAGGUAAGACAAGAAAACAUAAGCAGGUACGUUAUAAAUAUGGAUUUCAAAUGCAGGGUUGCUAUGAUGGGAAUACGAAAAUAAAAAUUCAUGUUUUGCGUAUAUGUAUAAAGAAAUUGAAGGAGAAUCAAAACCAAAUCACAACAAUUGAAUCGGCUUAAUGUUCUGGAUGAGUAGACCAUACAUGUGACAUAAAUACAUGGCUAAAAUGCAAGAAAUUCCAUUCAGUCGAGAGUCGGGGGAGGAAGCCACCCAUUUCCCCAUUAUUCGCAGGGAAAGCUGGGUCACUUUGCAGGGGAGGAAAAUGUUGGACACCCCUCUUCACAGCCAGAACAACCUGUUGAUGAUGGAGGAAGAGAAGAACAGUCCAAACGCACUGAGGGCACCUUUCUCCACCUUUCUCCAUCUCUUCACUCUUCUUCUUUGUGCCACCAGGAGCAUGAAGUGCAAGCUAUGUGACCACAUUUUCAUUGACGUCACCGUUCUCAACUGCGGCCAUGCUUUCUGCAAAUUCUGUCUCACAGCCUGGUUUCAAACAAAGAUGUUUUGCCCGACUUGCUUAAAAUUGGAGGUUCACCCAGUCUGUAAUCGAUGCUAUCAACUGGACUCCCUCGCAGAAUCCUUCUAUCGUCACUUUUUAGAGAUUUUCAACCUCGUUUCACUGCCCCCCACUAUUGUUGAAUCAUCAUUCUCGUUGAAUGGGAACGCUGCUGUAGGAAACACAUCUCGGUACAAUGUCAAUAAUGUGCCACUGUCUCAGCUUAAAUUAUUCAACAUGAACAAACGGUUAGAAGCUUUUCGAAUGGUCCACAAAACUAGAAAAGACCGUCGCGACACUCUGGCAAAUUGUAGUUGCGUAAACAAAUCAUGCCCAAAUCGGUCUAUGCUUCAAGGUGUGGGAGACUUAGGAUUCGGACUUCGGAGCUCCAUACAAGGAUUCAUUUUGAUCGUCAUCGGAAGUUUUUUUCUCGGCCUCUCCGCUUGCCAAUUUAGUGAUCUCCUAGAAAAGUUGGAACUGGUUGGACUCAGGAGAAUAUACUACGUCGUACUGAUCAUGUACUUGAUAUGCACACAAAGAGUUCCCUUUAUUCGUUCUGAAGACAUUUCAAGAAACAUUUUCUGGGACCAGAUUUUGAAGACGACCGUCACAGAAGAGCGUGACCCUUUCUUUCAAAACGAAAAAGCAAGAAUGAAUCUCCUCGUUAGGCAAAAUGAAAUAGACUUUCAUGCUGUUGAACGUGAAAUUCUAAACAUUGUUGAAGCACUUGGAGGGCUCGAUUUAAAUUAAAAGCAAUAAAAACCUAGGCGUACCAUACAAUGUUUCAUUAUCAUAGUUAAAAAUUUGAUCGUUAAAUCAUUUGGAAACUCAAAUUUCUUGUAUAUAAUUUAUUUUAGGACUUAUAAACUUACUACUUCUAUAUACUAGACAUACAUAAUGUCGUGGUUCUUAAUUUCCAAUCAAUCAAUCUAACUACUCUACUACUAACUUGAUGACUGUGGAUUUGACUUUGAGUUAUUCGUGAUGACAGCAUCUUGUAGAUUUUCAGAGAUUUCUUGAAUGUCUUCUCUGGAUAUACCCUCCAAAUUGCAACUAUCUUCAUCUGGUAAACUGAAAUAAAUUUGUACAUUGUUGUAAAUUUUAUACAAAUAACAGAACUAACUUGUAAUUUUGCAUAGAUAGAAGUAUAGAAUAAAUAGUUUUCGUACGUUUGUA